AUGUCGCCAGAAGUGCGUUUAAACGAUUUAACUGCGACAUCGGGACAGAUUGUAGAUCAUCUCUCCGGGUCAGCAAGCAGCAUCAUUCUCACACGCCCCAGUAGGCCUCAGUCCGCCAAAGCAGUCCGCAGCGUCCCAUCCUCAUUAUCCUCGCACUUGCGCCGGCUCACGUAUUCUAUAUAG